AAGCGAGAUCAAGCAGCUUAACGUGACUGAGCACGCCGCUGGUGACGUCAGUCGUUUUGGUCGUCAGGUGACGGUGCGUGGCGUCUGCCAUCUUGUGUUGUUGGGCUUGUGGAUUCGCUUCGGGUGUGAAGCAGAGAGAGAAUUUAAUCGUUUAGAAGAAUCUAAAAAAAACAAAAGGCAUUAUGACAGCUGAGACUCAGACCCUGAACUUUGGCCCUGAGUGGCUUAGGGCUUUAUCUAGUGGAGGUUCUGUCAUUUCUCCACCCCUCUCCCCGGCGUUGCCAAAGUAUAAACUUGCAGAUUUUCGGUACGGCCGGGAAGAGAUGUUAGCACUUUAUGUAAAGGACAAUAAGGUUCCGUCAGACCUUCUGGACAAAGAGUUCCUUCCUAUUAUGAAAGAUGAGCCCCUACUACCACUGGCACUUGUUCCAUUCACUGAAGAAGAACAGAGAAACUUCUCGAUGUCUGUGAACAGUGCAGCCGUUCUACGUCUUACUAACCGAGGCAGUAGCAGUGGUGGAGGAACUGUAGUAGGGGCGCCACGGGGUCGGAGUUCCUCCAGGGGUCGAGGAAGAGGAAGAGGAGAAGGUGGUUUCUACCAAAGAAGUUUUGAUGAGGUUGAGGUUGGGUUUGGUCGAGGAGCUCGCGAGAUGCACAGGUCACAGAGCUGGGAAGAAAGAGGAGACCGUCGGUUUGAGAAACCCACACGUAAAGAACCAGUUCGGCCCACUUUUGAAGAAGGGGGAACAGCACCAACGGGAAGAAAGCAAGAAUUUAUCCGUUCAGAGAGCGGGAGCUGGCGCAGUUUGCGCGAGGAAAUGAAUGGUGAGGAGGAGGAAGGUGGAGGUGUAUGGAGGGCUUCAGCUCCCAGGAGGGAUGGUGAAAGGUGGCGCUCACACAGUCCAGAUGGUGUUCGGGGGGCUGGUUGGAGAGAGAUCCCAGAUCGACGAAAGCGAUUCGACUAUGAUUUGCGAGAGGAUGAGCGUGGGUACCGCAGGCCACGAAGUGGUUCUGGCAGCGCAGAAGAUGAACGGGACAGUUUGCCAGAGUGGUGUCUAGAUGAUGCAGAAGAUGAAACAGGCACAUUUGACUCCUCAGGGGCAUUCCUCUCUUCCAAACCUUCCAAGAAGGUGCAGAAAGAACCCAUUCCUGAGGAGCAAGAGCUGGAUUUUCGACCUUCAGUGGAUGGAGCAGAUCUCUCAGACUCUGAUGGAAGCCAAACAGAAGAGGCCAAAGAAACAGAUCCUGUUCAGUCUCGAAAUCAGAAUGAUGAUUUGAGUAGAAAAGAUCACACAGUAAUGCAAGCCGCUCCUUCACCAGACCAUAAAACUCCCUCACCAGUGCUGCGGACAGAUAUUACUUCAGACUCUGCUCACCAGAAGGCUGUAAGUCCUCAUUUGUCCUGCAAGACGGAGAUAGAUGUAAAGUCACAGUCACCUUCAUCACCUCCUAACCCAUCAAAACACAAAGAAGAUGCUGCCUCACUCAGUCAUCAGGGGUCACAGGAAAAAACUAGUCUAUGUAUACCUCAUCCGCCAUCUCCUGCCUUCAGCCAAAGGUCUCCUGCUAGACAACCAGACCCCCUCAUAGUACCUGUCAUGUCCUCAGUACCUGUUCCUCAUUUAGACAUUCCCACAGUUCCUGCCCAUUCAACUGUUUGUGCUGCUCCGGGCAUGAAACCUGUGCCCCCUGAACCUAAUGAAGAAGAUCGAUUAGAACACUUGGAACAGCAGGCGCAGCAAAUGGUGGCGUACCUGCAGGACGGGACGCACGAUGAUGACCGUUUGCUAGCAAAAGUGCUAGAUCAGAGAGUGAAGGGGCCUUCACUAGACAACCAGCAGAAGUGGUACUAUAAAGAUCCCCAAGGGGAGAUCCAGGGUCCAUUUAGUAAUCGAGAGAUGGCCGAGUGGUAUCAAGCUGGAUACUUCCCAAUGACUCUGUUGCUGAGAAGAGUGUGUGAUGAUACCUUCCAGACACUGGGUGACAUUUUUAAAAAAUGGGGACGAGUUCCUUUCUCCACAUCUCCAGCUCCUAGACUUGGGGACUUGGACCCUGAGCGUUUAAGUCGUCAGCAAGAACUCACAGCACUAUAUCAGAUGCACCAUCUCCGCUACCAGCAAUUCCUUUUUCAGCAGCAGUAUGCAGUCUUGGCGCAACAACAGAAAGCAGCUCUCGCUUCCCAGCAACAACAGUUGCCUCUUCCCUUGCAGUCCCUAAGUAUGAGGAUACCUGAGCAUACUGUGAUCCCACCAGUAGCAAGAGCAUUAUCAGUACCUGACAGCACCUCAUUGUGGGAUCUUCCUGCCGCUGCCACACAACCAGCAGUAUGGGAAGGUAGCAGCGUUUGGGACCUCCCAGUCGAGCCAGCAACUCAGGGAACAAAUCGAGAACAGCUAGAACAGAUGGAAAAGGUGAAAGCUGCCAAGAUGGAGCAAGAAAGGAGGGAGGCUGAACUUAGGGCAAAGCAGGAAGAGGAAGAAAAACGUAGGCGAGAGGAAGAAGAGAGAAAAAGGAGGGAAGAAGAGGAGCUGGCCCGGCGGAAACAGGAGGAAGCACUAAGGCGGCAGAAAGAGCUGGCAUUGCAGAAACAAAUGGAAGAAGAAGAGCGGCAACGCAAGGAAGAGCUGCGGCUACUAGAAGAAAGGAUGAGACAGGAGGAAGAAAAGAAAAGGCUGGAAGAGGAAAGGAGGCGGCAGGAAGAAGCGAGAAGGAGGCAGGAGGAGGAGCGCAAGAGGGCUGAAGAAGAGAGAAGGAGAAGGGAAGAGGAAAAGAAAAGAGACGAGGAAGAAAGACAACAGGAAGAGAUUCAGAGAAAACAGGAAGAGGCAGCUAGAUGGGCCCGUGAAGAAGAAGAAUCUGUACGACGACUAUUGGAAGAGGCGCGAUUAAAAGCAGAGGAGGAAGAAAGAAAGAAGCACGAGGAAGCACAAAGGCAGAAGGAGCUACAGAGACAGAGGCAGCAACAGCAAGAAGCACUUAGACGUCUGCAGCAGCAACAGCAGCAGCAACAACUGGCACAAAUGAAGUUACCAUCAUCUUCCACGUGGGGGCAGCAAGUCUCCCCAUCAUCUGCCUCUCAGUCAGCACUUUCACUGGCAGAAAUCCAAAAACUUGAAGAGGAACGGGAACGGCAGCAACUACAAGAGCAACAGCAGCAUCGUCGCCAGCAACAGGAACUAAAAGCACUGCAGCAGCACCAACAGCAGCAACAGAAAUUACCUGGCUGGGGAAAAGUGAGCAAACCUACAGGCAACACAAAAUCUCUCUUGGAGAUCCAGCAAGAAGAAGCCCGACAGAUGCAGAAUAACCAACAGCAGCCUGUGCGGAAUAGACCUGCGAAUAUAUCUGUGCCCGUGGCACCUGUAGUAAAUAAUCACAUUAGCAGCACCAAUGUUGGAGGUUCUGGAAGCUCAGUAUGGGGAUCUUUAAAUAACAACUUAAGUCCUCAGUGGUCAUCUGACUCCAUGAGCAGCAUCUGGAGUAGCGCAGAAGUAAAGGGUUCCAGUGUCGGUUUCUGGGAUGAUGCAGUGAAGGAGGUCGCCCCCCGAAAUGCCACCAGCAAGAGUAAGAACAAUGCCAGUAAAUCAGCCGGAUCCAACAGCCGUCAAAGCAAGAAAGUAGAGCAAGAAGAGAAGUUGCUCAGACUUUUCCAGGGUGCAAACAAGUGCCAGGAUGGUUUCACCCUGUGGUGUGAACAGACAAUGCAUGCAAUCAACACUGCACACAGUCUGGAUGUGCCCACGUUUGUGUCGUUCUUGCGUGAAGUGGAGUCUCCAUACGAGGUACAUGAUUAUGUCCGUGCCUAUCUUGGAGAUACCCCGGAAGCAAAGGAUUUCUCAAAACAGUUUAUUGAGCGCCGGACAAAGCAGAAAACCAGUCAGCCGCGUCCUCAACAGGAUGUAGCCUGGGUCACAUGCCAGACAAGUCAAGCUAAUUCUCAACAAACAACACUAGAGGCUGCACAAUGCGCAGGACGCAAGAAAAAGAAGCAGAAGAUGGUUCGAGCUGAUCCCAGUUUGCUAGGCUUUUCUGUGAAUGCUUCUUCGGAGAGACUGAACAUGGGAGAGAUUGAAUCUCUGGACGAUUACUGAUCAUCAUGUAGGGGUUGGGGGAAACCCCCACCCCCACCCCUUCCAUCGGCUUCUCUGGAGGGAGGAAGCUGAAUUCAACUCCACCUGUCCCCCCAACACACACUCUUAAGGUCUUGCUGGGGUCAUCACGGGGCAACCUCCGGCAGCUGCAGAGCUUCCCUAUCCCUUCAAUUUGCCGCAACUUGAUGGGGUUGUUACCUCAGCAGAUAAAGAGUGAGUUAAGGGGAACUUACCCUCCUCCAUCACAGUACCACUGGGUCUCGUUUCAGAGACUUGUACGGUCUGUUAAUUUACCACCGUUAUUAGGUGGAGAGAGGAGGCUUAUGGGUGGGACUUUGAAUCUUCCCCUCACUGCCUUGUGGGGUGUAGCUCUGUGGAUUUAGUGACAGGGCAUGUAUGGAACUUUAACUUUCAGCUCUACCAAUGCACACAGUGAAUUGCUACUCUCUGCACUACUGGAGAACGUGUAGGCAUAAAGCUGAUGGGAUAUGUAUCCCUUCUGUCCUUACACUGACCUGUCCACUUUCCAGUCCCCCCACCCAUACCUUUUCAUCAGCUUUAUGUUUCUUAAAGGGGUUGUUCACCUUUUGGACAAUAAAACUUAUUUCACUGCCCAUGUCAUAAACGUUUUUCUAAUUUAUCGUUAUUGCUUAAAAUGUUUGCUUUCAUGCAAUAAUAGUGGAUUGUCUCUGCAAAAAUCUCGGUUCUCUCCUCUGUGAUUGUGGGACAGGCUAUGUGUAAGAGAUGGUUACUUAGUUUUUAUUCAGCAGCUCUCCAGUUUGCAAUUUCAGAAAUCCAGUUGCGAGGGUCCAAAUGACCAGCACAAAGAUUUUAGUGGGAGCACUUACCGGACAUCCACAUGCUUCAGCGUGCUAAACGUCCACCGCCAUCCCAUGUAGUGAGUCCAUGUCCUUAGUAGAUACAAAUAGUGGAGCACCGAAGAAGCUGGUUUAAAAUAGUAAAAAUUUAAUUAAAGGACAUUAAAAUAUCCAAAAUUACAGCAGCUUCUGAUGAAGUGGCAGGGUGCCACAAAACUCGUCAAGCUGUAAUUUUGGAUAUUUUAAUGUUCUUUAACUAAAUUUUGACUUUUUUACUAUUUUAAACCGGCUUCUUCGGUUCUCCGCUAUUUGUAUCUACUAGGGUCCAAAUGACCCUAGCAACCAUGCAUUGAUUUGAAUAUGAAUAGUAACAAAAAGACGAGUAACAAAAAGUAGCAAAAACAAUACAUUUGUAACAUUACAGGGCAUUUAUUUUUUUUUAGAUGGGGGUCAGUGACCCCAUUUGAAUGCUGAAAAGAGUAAGAAGGCAAAUAAUUCAAAAACUAUAAAAAAAAAUAACCAAUUGAAAAGUUGCUCUCUCCUGCUUCAUUAGGAUAUCUUUGAUCCGAUUGGCUGAAUCUUGCCAGCCAAUGGAGUUGAAGAUAUGUAAAUGAAGCAGGAGAGAAGGGGCAUGUGCAGUGCAGAUUCAGUGGUGAACUUGUUUAUUUGGCAGCCUGCAUCUCUUACACAGAGUGUGUCGGCGAACCCAUAAAAGAGAAGAGAACUGAGAGAGUUUUUGCAGAGAUGAUCCAUCACUUCUGUGGUAUGUGUCUCUGAAAGCAAACAUUUUAAGUAAUAAAGAUAAAUUACCAAAACGUUUGACAUGAGCUGUUAAAUUGGCUUUAUUGUCCACAAUGUAAACAACCCAUUUAAGAGACUUUGGAAAAUGUGGCAGAGGGGGGCAGCGGGAGACAAGCACUCCUUUCGUAUGUACAGUUUGUUGCAACUAUGUAUAUAAUUUUGGGGCUGUUUGAUGGAUUCUAGCCGAUAUCGCUCCCUCUGCUUUGUAUAUCCAUUUACAGAUACAGAAAAGGUGUGGGUGGGAGGAAGCACACUUACGUUUACACCACUCCCAGAUGACUUCAAAAGUUUUGCCCCAGUGUGCAGUGACUUGGGGGGAGCCCAAGCCUGACCUCAAUAAAUUGCUGGUUGUAUUAUAUCACAUAUCUGAUUUGGAUGCCUUAUUGCUUGGUGAAUGCCGGGUUGGUGCAGAGAAGCAUCAGAUGUCUGAGAUAUACACCAUCUUCCUCCAUCCAAUAUGGACAAUCGAACUGACACCCUCACCCUAUUUCCACCAAAGCUUUACUAAAGCUGCUGGCUUCAGUCAGUCAGUCUGCCUCCUUAGGCCAUGCUGAUCCUAGGGCCACCCGAAUAUUUUGCCUUUUUUUGACGACUAACUGAAUUCUAUGGGUUAUUGUGCAUGCAAAUCAAACAAAUUAAAUGAAGACUACUACCUUUUGGUUGCCUUUACCCAGGUGGAUAUAAGAUGAUGCAGCUCAGGAGAACAAAGUCAUAAUACAUAAAUAUGGAUUUUUUUUGCUUUAUAUUAUAGUUUAAAUUAAUCAAAAAGCUCCUAGAGACAUAACUGUAUUAAAAACCUAAUUUAUUUUACACCUUA